AGAAUUUAAAAAUCAUUUUGUGAUUUUGGAAUCGAGUGGUUGCACUUGCGCGUCGCUAAAAUUUGUUUAAUCUCAACUCCUGAAAAUGAAGUACUUCGUAGUAUUCCUGGCCAUUUGCAGUUUGGCCAUUUCAUACGCUGAGGCUCAGGAAAUACUGCAAAAUAUGAAAAAAAUUGCUAAUGACUGUAAAGCGGAAUCUGGUGGCAGUGAUGCGGAUGUUGAUGCACUGUUCAAUCAUCAACCGGCUGGAAGUGACAAAGCUAAGUGCCUAAUGACGUGCUUUAUGAAAAAAAUGGGUUUGGUCGAUGCUAGUGCCAAAAUUGAUAAGGACUCUGCUUUAAAUGUAAUAAAGGCAGUUGCUAAUGGUGAUGCAAACAUAGAAAAACUCGGUAAAGAGCUUAUUGAUGCUUGCAAAGAUACUCCACCAAAGGGCAAUGAGUGCGAAAGCGGUGAAGCCGUGCGUGAGUGCGUCAUUGCAAAAGCAAAGGCAAAUGGCUUUAAAUUGCCAUGGUAAAUGUGCUAAUUAUACAUCGGCAACUGAUUGUAGAUGUCCUAAGCGAAUGGUUGUGCCGGCUGCUGUUUUCUCUUUAAUCUUUGAAUUUUUCAAAUGACAAGCAGUCCAUCCAAUAAAUAAAUAAAUUUAACAAGCAAGUAUUUAAAAAAACAA